GCCCCCUGGAAAGAUGUGUGCCUAGGCCAACACGCUGCGUUAAGAUGUAUAAUGUAAAAAUUGAAAAUGCAACAUACAAUUGUAAUAUUAAGUUAACAACAACGAAAUCAUCAAUGACGAACUGCAUUUUUUAACGCACAACACUGUUCAAAAGCAACUCAACAAUGUCUGUUCCUGAUGUCGUAAAUCAGGAAGCAAAUAUACCACAAACCACGUUGGCCUCUGAAGUACUAUUUGUUCAAAUUCAGUUAGAGCCUGAAGGAUUACCCAACACAGAAGGGCAUGAAGUAUAUGAUUUGUAUGUUGGGCCUGGUGUCCUACUACCUCCUGAUGAUGUUCGGGAACCUGAUGAAUCUCAAAGUGUACAGGUCGAGCUACAUCAGGUUCCUGUCGAUGAUGGAACAAAACAAGACACAAUGGAACUUUUACAGCAGCCAGAAACUCUAUCGAAUGUUCAGCUUACAUCUAAAGAAACAGAACAAGACUUAAUGGUUGCAAACGAAUACAUUAAACAAGAUAUAGCAAAUACAGCUUUAUUAUCUACAACUGGAAGACUUCCUAUGCCGAACUUAGAACUCUCCAACACAUCGUCACCAAAUACGUUCCUAAGCGACCUGAAUUCAACGUCUCCCUUCGACUUUUAUCAUGUUCUUGGUACACCUAGUGAGGGGCCCUCUUACACUGGAUCUUCCGGCUCAUGGGAUCCAUACGAAGAUAUUAUAGUGGACAUGGAUAGCGUUUAUAAUGCCUGUUUACAGGCAGGAACUUCUCAGCAGCUUCAAGAGUUGACAACGAAAAGCGAAGACAGUGAAAAAACAAACAUAGAAACAAAUAUACAUGAAAACAAUAUUAAAACCAAAUACAGUGAACUAACCAAUGUAAAGACAAACAAAAUAAGUGAAGAAAAACAAUUUUACGAAAUCUGUAACAAAGAUUUACAAAUAAAUGAAUAUCUAGUUAUCUACACUCAGGAUGGCACGUUGAACAAUGAACAAUUCAAAGAAAUUGAACCAACGAAUACACCGAAAUACAACAAACCAUACAUAAAAUAUAAAAAGGUAAAAGAAGAAGAAAGGCAUAUUUGUGAAACAUGUAACAAAGAAUUUAGGAGAAAAUAUAGUUUGAAAGAACAUCUGCUCACCCAUAAUGUCAAUAGACCGUAUGUAUGUAAUGUUUGUGACAAAGGUUUUGUCAGAAAAGAUCAUCUAACUAGACAUUCAAAGAUUCAUAAACGUAACAAAUAUGUCUGCGAAUGUAAUGUUUGUACAAUACCUGCCAACCACAAGGCUUCUACUACAGAAAAAUGCAGUUCAGCGAAUUUGCAUCAAGGUCACGAAAUCAAUCAAGACCUGACUACUGCCGGGCCUAAUGUAGAACAGCAGUCAGUUGAUGUGGCACACACUUGCGAUUUAGCUCAACCAACUGAACAACCAGAAAUAAAUGGUAACAACAACAUUGACGAAUCGUGUCAACGGAAAUUUACAUGUGAAUUUUGUAACAAGGAAUUAAGUUCUUUGCGUUAUUUACAUGAACAUCUGCUUAAUCAUACUGGGAGACCAUUCAUAUGCCAUAUUUGUAACAAAUCCUAUAUUACAAAAGGCCACCUUAGUAGACAUUUAGAGAUUCAUGAUUCCAAUCGAAGUAAAACAAAAAAAAUAAGUUCAAAACAAUAUAAUUGUGAGCUUUGUGACAAACAAUUCAGAAAAAAACACAGUUUUAAUGAACAUCAAUUUAUCCAUACUGGGGAAAAACCAUUUGCAUGUAAUAUUUGUAAUACAUGUUACAGCAGAAGGGGCAGCCUUAAUAGACACAUGAAGACUCAUAGAUAUAACCAAUUCAAAUGUGAUAUUUGUAACAAAGAUUACAGCACCGAACGAGCACUUAAAAGACAUUUACUUACUACACACACAAAAUUGAAGGAAUUUAUUUGUGACACUUAUAAAGACUUAUUGGAACAACAUUUAUUAAUUCAUUCUGAAGAAAAAGAAGUAGAGAAACCAUGUGCUGUUCAAAAUUAUCUUACUCUGCAGACCUAUGUUCAACAGUGGACACCUUUCGGCUGA